UAUGUCAUAAAUUAUUUAGGAGAUAAUAUAGAAACAAAAGAUAAAAGAACAUAUACUUACAGAAGUUGUUGGACACACUUUAGAAAUUACAUUCAAUCGUCCAGAAUUCCACAAUGCUUUUACAGUGGGUAUGUAUGUGAUGUUUUAGGAAUAUGUAUUAUAAGCUGAUAAAGAUCAAAAUGUAUUUUGAUUAUUUAGUUUAGAUAUAUUUAAUAUUAGUGAAAAGUAAUGGAAAAUCAUUUAGUUCGGGUAAUGAUUUAAGAAAUUUUGAUGCAUGGCCAGGAUUGAAUGAUGAAGUAUAAUUAAUAAGUAUUUUAGGAUAGAAAAUAAGCAUCACUUGGUUUAACAAAUAUGUUAAGGGACUUUACAAGUUCUUUUUUAAACUUAACUAAACCAAUUAUUGCUUGUUGUUAAGGAGGAGUUAUUGGAUUCAUAUUUCCAUUAUUAUCUUUAUUUGAUUAAGUAUAUGUUACAGAGGAUGCUUAUUUCUUUGCACCUAUGUUAUUGUUUGGAUAAGUAUUAUAAUUUUCAUUUUCAGGGUGUUGAAAUGUUUUCUAGUUAUACUUUUCCAAGAUUAUUUGGAUAAGGAAAAACUUUUAGUUUAUUAUUCAGAGGAUAAAAGCUAUCAGCUAAAGAAGCAUUACAUUUUGGAUAUGCUUAAGAAAUAUUUAAGACAUAGGAUGAAAUGAUUAAGAAGGCUAGAUAGAUUUGUUAAUAAUUAGAAUAACAAGAUCAAUCUGCUAUUAUUCAUGGUAAAAAAUUAAUCAAAAGAGCAAUAUAUGAUGUAUAUUAUAUGAUUUAUAUAUUCUAGUAAUUGAAAACAUCAAAUGAAUAAGAAUUAUUAAAUUUACAUAGAAUAUGGUCAGGAGACAAAUUGGUUGAAAAUGUAUAUAAUUAUAUGCAGAGAUUAAAAGCCAAAUUAUGA